CGAGGAACGGCGGAGCAGCGCGCGCGCUGUAAACACUGUAAACACUGUAAACACCGAACAUCUGCCGAACAUCUGCCGAACACCGGGCGAACACCGGGCUUUCGGUUUCGGUUUCGGAUGGAGGCGAGGAAGCGGCUGAGCUCCGCGGAGGAGGACGGGGGGGAGGAGGAGGAGAGCGACGCGGAGGCUGUCCGCGAGACCGACAGCGAGAGCUCGGUCUGCUCGUACGACUCCGAGGAGGAGGAGGCCUUCCUGGAGGGAGAAGACCUCCUGCUGGAUCGUGAUUACAGUGAUGAGGACAGUAAUGAGGAAUGGGAGCCGAGCAAGUCAUCAGAAAGAAAAAGAGCCAAACCUGCGUCAUCACCAUCAGCCAAGAAACGCAAGACCAUCCCUGUUCCACUGACACCACCAUCAACAUCAUCUGGCUCCCUGUCUGAGGGGCCAUGCUCCACCCCUAUGUCAAGUUCAGACAAAUGCAAAGGAUCAAUUUCAAAGAGAACAUCUAAGCCGAGGUCCAGUUCUGCAAUAAAAUGUCCUUUGCAAGCUGCUAGUGGUGGUGAUGAUGAAGAGGAUAUGUGGCAUGACAUCUCUGAAGAAGACAAACAGCCUGACCUUCCCAGUUUCCAGCCACAGCGUCCUCCUGGCCCACAACUCCUCUCAUGUACAUCGUAUACUCCUCUUGAGUUGUUUAAGUUGUUUAUGUCCAUGUCUGUGGUUGAAAAAAUGGUUGAGAAUACAAAUGCACAUGCUGAGAAAAGAGCACAGGCUGGAAAAAGAUACACCUGGUAUCCUCUUACAGUUGAGGAGUUCUACACCUACAUUGGCCUCAUCAUAUACAUGGGUUUUACGCCACUAAAACGAUUCAGUGACUACUGGAGUGAGAAAUCAAUUUACAGACUUCCCUUUCCCCGCUCCGUCAUGUCCAGGAACCGGUUUCUAGCAAUAACAUGGAACCUUCAUCUUUGCAAUCUGGAGAAGGAUGAGGAGAACAUGUGUAAAAAAGGAACCCCAGGGUAUGACCGGCUGUUCAAAAUAAAGCCUCUGUACAUGGACCUGCUGUCUGCAUGCCAGACCUAUUUUCAACCUAGCAGAGAGCUGUCUGUUGACGAAAGGAUGGUGGCAUCUAAGGCCCGUAUAGGGCUAAAGCAGUAUAUAAAGGACAAGCCUACAAAAUGGGGAUACAAACUCUUUGUGCUUGCUGAUUCAGCCACUGGGUACAUCUGGAACUUCUUUGUGUAUGAGGGAAAGAGCAAACUUAAGACAAAGAAUGGACUAGGCUACGACUCAGUUACUCAGCUUGUGAAUCACCCCUUGCUGGGCAAGGGUUAUAAACUGUACAUGGACAAUUUUUACACAAGCCCCAAGCUUUUAUCUGAUUUGUAUGCAGCAAAAACACUUGCAUGUGGCACCAUCCCAAUGAACAGACAGGGCUUUCCACGCACCAGAUGCCACGACAUGCCCAGGAAAGCAGCAAGGGGAACAAUCCGCUGGAUUAGGCGUGGUGAGCUUCUGUUUGUCAAGUGGAUGGACACCAGGGAGGUAGUUUUAUGCACCACUAUGCACAAAGCAUAUGACGGAGACAAUGUGAGCAGGAGAGUCAAAGACACUAAGGGCAUCUGGCAGGUGAGUCAAGUCCCUAUCCCGUGUGCAGUCCAGGACUACAACAAGAACAUGGGUAGUGUGGACCUCUCAGAUGCCCUGUUUGGCUACUGCAAUGUGCUACACAAAACCAAGAAGUGGUACAAGACCUUUUUCUACCAUUUCAUUGACAUUGCGGUUGUGAACAGCUUCAUAAUGCACAAAGAGUUGUCUAAAGCAAACAGCCGGGAAACAGUGACACUCAAACAGUUCAGAGAAACCCUUGCAACUGACUUAACCAAAACGCUCACCCGCUUGGCUCCACUUCAGCUGCCUUUAGCAGGUGAUGAAUGUUAUCCCGAUUUCUUCUCGGAAGACUCUAGAGUUGGGAGAAGGGCGUGUGAAUUAUGCAAACAAGACGGCAAAAAAGUGAAGACCUCUGCUUUCUGCAUGAAGUGUAGAGUGCCAUUGUGCUUGAUGCCUAAGCGCAACUGUUUCCUGCAGUGGCACCAGGAAGGGCUUCACUACAUAGGGUAAUGGGCCUUUAACCAGAGUUGAAUUGACUGACUUGCAACUCAACUUGGAUGCCUCCUUAACUGACUCACAAUGUAAGACCUAUAUCAUUUAAGCAAGCCACAUGGUUUGAUGGUCAUUUCCAGAGCUACAAUACCUACUUAUUUCUCAGCCACCUUGCAGUGUGCCUGGCAGGUCGCACAAAACAUCCCUUAUUCAUCAUAGCUUAUCAUCUACUUGUCUGACACAAACUUUCACUUCCUGGACAAGCAGAUAAGUGGUAAUGUGGUUUUGUAAAGUUUAUCUGAAGCCCUGUUAACCAGACAUGUUUCUUUAGGGCUUUACUCUUGUAAAAUGCAGUGCCUGCAGUUAAUUAUGACACUAAACUGAGUGACAACACAGACUCUCACUUUAGAGACAUGAGACUUGAGACUCAAGACCCAACUUGGAGUUGCAUCUCAGAGACCCAAUUUGCACUCACAUCCCAGAUAUACACUGAACUCAAAGUCUCACACCUGGGAAUCGAGACUCAGACUUGCUCAUCAGAGAGAGAGCCAACUCUGAAUUGCAUCCGAGAGACUCAAGGCCUGACUCGGACUCAUACCUCAGAGACUUGAGACUCGACUCAAACUUGUACCAUAGAGACUCAAGACCCAAUUCAGACUCACAACUUGUACCACGGAAAAUUGAGACUUGUAUCUCAGGGACUUGAGAUUCAAUUUGGACUCGUACCUUAGAGAUUUGACUUGGACUCACACCGCAGAGACCUGAGACCCAAUUUGCACCUUGGAGACUUGAAAUUCUAGUCCUACUGGCAGAACUAAGACUCGAGACUCGGCUCGAACUCAUGCUACAGAGACUUAAGAUUCUGCUUCAGCCUGCACCCCAGAGAUUUGAGAGUUGUCGUGGACUUAAACCUCAGGAUCUGACAUUAAUUGUAAUGCAGAGCUAAACAAUUUUUGUUUCACAUCCCAUUAAUUUUUGUGGGAAAACGCAGCUGUCUUAAAGGAGUAAAGCCAGGGGGUACGGGUUUGUAUGGUUGAGUGUAACUGGCUGGCCCCAAGUUACCAAUUGAUAAAGAUGUUUCUCCAUAGACUUUUAAAAUGACCUUCUUUUUUCUGACAAAAUGGGGUUCUAGUAGAUAGUGCAAAAAUGUAUAAAUGUUUGAAAAUGUCAGAUUUUACACGGUUAAUGGUAUUAAGUUCUAAAGUAGUUCCUAAAGAUAAGGUUAAUAAGUCUAACUGUAUAUCAUCAUCAUCAUCAUCGUUGACUGCUAGUCCAGAUAGAGUCGCGGUAGCAGUUGAGAGAGCAGAGAAUCCCAGAUGACCCUGUCCCCCACAACUUCCUCCAGCUCAUUCCCAGGGACCCCA